AUGGACAGGAGCUCCCUGCUCCAGCUCAUCCAGGAGCAGCUCGACCCCGAAAACACCGGCUUCAUCGGGGUGGAGACAUUCGCCAGCCUCGUGCACAGCCAUGAGCUGCCCCUGGACCCUGCCAAGCUGGACAUGCUGGUGGCCCUGGCGCAGGGCAAUGACGAGGGGCAGGUCUGCUAUCAGGAGCUGGUAGACCUGAUCAGCAGCAAGCGCUCGAGCAGCUUCAAGCGCGCCAUCGCCAACGGGCAGCGAGCCCUGCCCCGCGACGUGCUGCUGGACGAGACUGGCCUGGGCUUCUACAAGCGCUUCGUCCGCUACGUGGCCUACGAGAUCCUGCCCUGCGAGAUGGACCGGCGCUGGUACUUCUACCAGCACCGCACGUGUCCGCCCCCCGUCUUCAUGGCGGCCGUCACCCUCACCCAGAUCAUCGUGUUCCUCUGCUACGGGGCGCGGCUGAACAAGUGGGUGCUGCAGACCUACCACCCCGAGUACAUGAAGAGCCCCCUGGUCUACCACCCCGGGCACCGGGCGCGUGCCUGGCGCUUCCUCACCUACAUGUUCAUGCACGUGGGGCUGGAGCAACUGGGGUUCAACGCCCUCCUGCAGCUGAUGAUCGGGGUGCCCCUGGAGAUGGUGCACGGCAUCCUGCGCAUCAGCUUCCUCUACCUGGCCGGCGUCCUGGCAGGCUCCCUCACUGUCUCCAUCACGGACAUGCGGGCGCCCCUGGUUGGGGGCUCCGGGGGGGUCUACGCGCUCUGCUCAGCCCACCUCGCCAACGUCGUCAUGAACUGGGCCGGGAUGCGUUGCCCCUACAAGCUGCUGCGGAUGGUGCUGGCGCUGGUGUGCAGUGAGUACCCAUGGGGGUGGGUGGGUGCCCAUUGA